AUGCAGAUCCCCACACUUCUACUCACAGAUGGCAAUGCUAUCCCCAAGCUUGGAUUCGGCACUGGGACUGCUUGGUAUAAGAACAGCCCAGAAGAUCCUCUGAGCCCUCAGCUCGUUGAACUGCUGAAAGCCGCCCUUCUACAAGGCUAUGUACAUAUUGACACUGCAGACUCAUACGGAACUGAGCGAGAAGUUGGCCUAGCAAUACAACAAAGCAAAAUUCCACGAGAGAAGCUCUUCGUCACUACCAAGGUUCAGGACGGGUGGAAAGAUGUUCCGGUAGCUUUGGACGCCAGCCUCAAGAAACUCGGGUUGGAAUACGUGGAUUUGUACCUUUUGCACAACCCGUACGUAACCGGCUCCAACGAAGGUAUACAAGCAGCAUGGAAGGGACUCGAGAUCGUCAAAGAGCAAGGAAAAGCCAAGUCUAUUGGCAUUUCCAACUUCCAACGGCAUCACAUAGAAGCCCUUCUCGAGACAUGCACUGUCAAACCGGUCAUUAAUCAGCUAGAAUUCCAUCCUUAUCUCCAGCGCUCCAACGACUUCGUGCCUUGGAUGCGCGAACAUGGCAUUGAGGUAUCGGCCUUCAAAAGUUUGGCGCCAAUCACUGUGGGCAAAGGAGGACCUCUAGACGAUCUUCUUCCGUCACUCGCAAGCAAGUAUAAGGUGUCGGAAUCAGUAGUAUUGCUGAGCCGGUGCAUUGGACAAAAUGUUGUCCCUAUCACUACAACGUCUAGCCUGUCUCGCCUUGACGAGUACAAAAUUGCCACUGAAACAGAGUUGGAACCGGCAGACGUUGAGGAAAUCAGCCACGAGGGGUCCAAGCAUCACUUUAGAUGGUGGGGAAAGGAGUUUUUCGGACCUGAUGAUAGAUCUUAG